GAUGCCGUGUUUGUCAAGAGUUACAACUUUGUGCUCACUUUAUUAGAGUUUAGAGUUGAGUCGAGUAACUGCGAUUGUUCAUUCCAUUCUAUUCCAUUCCGUUCAGGAGUUUCUAGGGGUUUUAUCUCUUUGCGGUAUCAUCUUAGUUCUCUGAUCUAUCGUUCGUAGCCUUGUUUCUAUUUGAAGAUGGAGAAAAUCCGAAGAGCAUCUCAUGCUGGAUCAUGGUACACUGAUAACCCAACCAAACUGGGAGAAGAGCUUGAUGGGUGGCUGAGAGCAGCUGGUCUGGCUAAAUCUCCAGAUGUAAGAGGUGUAAUCGCCCCGCAUGCUGGUUAUUCGUAUUCAGGUCGGGCAGCAGCCUUUGCAUUUGGCAACAUAGAUCCAACAAACAUUUCUCGGGUGUUCCUUCUUGGGCCAUCUCACCAUUAUUACACUCCAAGAUGCGCUCUUUCAAAAGCCACAGUUUACAAGACUCCUGUGGGUGACCUGCCAAUUGAUUUGGAAGUCAACGAAGAGCUACAGGCCACAGGGAAGUUUGAAGUCAUGGAUCUUCGUGUAGAUGAAGCAGAACAUAGCAUGGAGAUGCAUUUGCCGUAUCUUGCCAAAGUAUUUCAUGGGUAUGAGGUCAAAAUUGUACCUAUUUUGGUUGGGGCACUUAAUUCAGAAAACGAAGCCAUGUAUGGACGGUUGCUAGCCAAAUAUGUUGAUGAUCCAAAGAAUUUCUUUUCUGUUUCCUCAGACUUUUGCCACUGGGGAUCUCGGUUCAAUUACACGCAUUAUGACCGGAAAUAUGGGCCGAUCUAUAAGUCCAUUGAAACUUUGGAUAGGAUGGGGAUGGAUAUCAUUGAAACGGGAGACCCAGAUGCAUUCAAACGGUAUCUGUCAGAGUUUGACAACACCAUAUGUGGCCGCCAUCCCAUUAGCGUUUUUCUCCAUAUGCUGAAGAACUGCUCAACAAAGAUAAAGAUUAAUUUCCUACGAUAUGAACAAUCCAGCCAAUGCAAAACCAUGAGAGACAGCAGUGUAAGUUAUGCAUCUGCAGCAGCAGAGAUUGAUGCCUGAAGACUCAAAACUGAAUUAUUCAGAAGUGCAUUAGUUGUUCCUGCCCUUUUUUCUAAUUUUUUUUUUCUCCAGGGGGGGAGGUGUUCUACUAUGUAAACUGUCAGUUAAAACUUAUUGCUGCUCACUGGACUCAUCCAAAAUUAGGUUCCAUUGUCUAUAUUUAUACAAAUAAAAUGACAUGCUGCAAAAAACCUUGUUAUUUAA